CCGGGCAGGGCUCGUCUCUGUUGGUGCUUCCGGGCGUCUCGGGGCGCACCUCACGGUCGACGCGCUGCAGCACGCGGGCCUGUGCUGCGAGGCCGCGGGCUGGCCCGCGGCGGCGCGCGCCGCGGCGGCCCGCGAGCUGCGCCGGGAGGCCCACCACGAGGAGUCCCGAGCGGGGGCAGUGGUGGCGGCGGUCGUGUACGAGCUGGCCCAGCCCCGCUCGGGCUGGUCCGUCUGGUUCCGGAGCUGA